AUGGCCGACGAUCUAGAGGCACGUCUUGAAAGUCACGCUCAGGCGUUUGAGGGUCUUCUUUCUCUCAUCCCCGCCAACGAAUACUAUUCAAAGGACAAUAGCGACCAAUGGCAGCGCAAGAAGCAGACCAAAGAGCAGAAGCGCCAAGCAAAGCGCGCAAAACUCGACCCUGCAAACCAAAAAUCUGCAAAGGACGUCAUGGACGAGAAUGAGCGCAAGAGAAAGCGAGAGCUGGGAAUCCAAGACGACAUCGACGAUUCAUCUGCACAAAUCGAUUUGCCCGUCGAGAAGAAGCAACCCGCUAAGAAGCAAAAGGUCGACGAAGAGGACGAUGACGACGACAGCGACGACGAUGCCGACGCUACCACAAGCAGCAAGAAGUCACAAGCAGAGAAGAGAAAGGAGAAGCGCCGCCUGAAGAAGGAAAAGGCCGACAAGCAAAAAGCAAAGCUGGACGCUAAGAAGGCCGCUCGCAAGCAGGAACCCCAGUCUGCCGCUGGCGCCGAAGAGUCUGCCGAUGAGGACAUGCAAGACGCCGAGGACGUAUCUGCCGAUGAGGCUGCUGACGACGCCAUGGACUUCUCCGGUCUGGUUGACAACGACGAAACCUCAACACCAGCAAGCCCCGACCAACCCGAGAUCUUCGACAACUCUACGAACCAGUCUGCCACAUCUUCCUCAUCAUCAAUAGUCCCUGCCUCAAAUCCUACAGAGGGAGACGCUCCCGCCACUACAAAACCCAAGAAAGCACUUGCUCUCAAGCUGCCAGAAGUCAACGCUGAAGAAUUGCAAGCCCGUUUGAAGGCCCGUAUCGAGGCGUUACGUGCUCAGCGUAAGGCUGAUGGCCCAACUGGUGGCCCUCGCAACAGACAGGAACUUCUUGAAUCGCGUCGCAAGAAAGAGGAGGCUCGUAAGCAGCACAAGAAGGAGUUGCGCCUGAAGGCAAAGGAAGAGGAGGAGCGUCUUAACAACGAGCGUCUGCGUGGCAGUGGUAGCCCUCUGGCUACUCCCGACAUCUUCUCACCGCGUCCGGUAGACGAGAACAACUUCUCCUUCGGCCGUGUCGCAUUCGACGAUGAGGAGGCCGAUCCCACACUCGGCUCCAUUGCCGGACACAAGAAGAAGAAGGGUCCUUCAGACAUCAAGACCGCUCUGGCCGCUGCCGAAAGGAAAGCCCAACGACUCGCAGGCAUGGACGAGGACAAGCGCAAGGAGAUCGAAGAGAAGGACAUGUGGCUCAACGCAAAGAAGCGCGCACACGGCGAGCGCGUCAAGGAUGACCAAUCUCUACUCAAGAAGACCCUGAAGCGCAAGACAGACCAAAAGACAAAGAGCGCAACGCAAUGGAACGAGCGCCUCGACAACGUCAAGAAGGGCAAGGAGAUGAAAGACAAGAAGAGAACCGAGAACCUGGCCAAGCGCGCCGCUGAGAAGGGUGGUAAGAAGGGCAAGAAGGGUGCCAGCGGCGGCGCCAAAAAGAAGGCAAGACCUGGCUUCGAAGGCAAAGGAUUCAAGGCUUGA